AUGACAUCAGCAGCUUCGGCCAAAGCUCGACAAAAUUGGCUGGAUGGCCUGCGAGGCAUGGCUGCGGCUAUUGUCGCCUGGUUCCACUUCACGGUGGGAGAAAUGAGAGCUCCCUAUCGAUCAUUCUGGGCUGUCCCCGCCGCUGAAAAUCACCGCUUCUUCCAGUUACCGCCGUUCCGCUUACUGUUUGCCGGGCAGUCAAUGGUUCUUCUCUUCUUUGUCAUCUCAGGCUAUGCCGUGUCGACCUCCAUCAUACGUCUCCGUGAUGAUGCCCCGGCUCAGUUCUAUCGAAAACUUACAUCUUCCGUCUUUCGCCGUGGUUUCCGACUUUACAUUCCCGUUUUGAUCCUUUGCCUCAUCUCCCAUUUGGCUUAUUACAUGGGUCUGAUUGACUGGACGCCGGGUGAUCAGGAGGGCUGUCCCGGAGCACAGCCCUGGUCAGCGCUGCAACCUCAUCUCAGUUGUCUUACCAUGACCUUCCUGACGACUCUUCAACUAAGUGGACCGUUCUAUGUGACAGGGUAUAAUUUCCACUUGUGGACAAUCUCAUACGAGUACCAAUGCUCACUGGCGGUUUAUCUGGUCCUACUCGGCCUUGCAUCCGUCAGACCUAUGUUACGGCUGGUGGCAAUCAUCUGCCUGAGCGCCGCAUUCAUGUGGUUCGGCUCACCUAUAUUAUCGGCCUUUCUUGCUGGUCUCGGGUUUGCGGAACUCGAUAUACUACGUGAAGCGUCACGGGAUUCAUUGAUGGCUGGGCAGAAGAGAAAACCGACCACCCUUGUCAGAAACUGUGCAAAUAUCCUCACCGGCCUGCUCUUUGUGAGCGGGAUUUACCUGUUGUGCCUCCCACAAGACUCAAAAUUUCCACCUGACUUCUCGUUUCAAUCCUCCCUCAAGCUACCGUUCUAUGUAGAUCCCGAGAUCCGCAUCCGGGGAUGGCACGCUGUUGGGGCGAUCCUUGUUGUUGGAACGCUCAGACAUCUUCGAUUCCUGCGAAUUCCGCUAGAGACUCGUCUGGCCCAAUUCCUCGGGAUGAUCUCUUUCUCACUAUAUCUGUUUCAUCCUUUAUUCAUCAUGGUCAUGCGCAAUCGCAUCCUGCAGGCUGUGUGCCAUUAUCUGUGGGGGACGGAUUUCUGGCAGACGCAGCAGGAUGAGUCCGCCUGGCAUGUAAUCAUCCUGGCGUGGAGUGCCGCUGCGUCGGUUCUUUUCCCGCCGUUAAUUCUGGCAUCUAUGUAUAUGGCCAAGAUUGUAGACCGGAAGUCGGUUGCUUGGUCGUAUCAAGUGGAAAACCUCGUCAGCCGUGCUAGCAGGUGACCGCAGUUGGUCUUUGGAUAUACACUAGAACUUUUUUUGUUUUGCCGAUAUUGAAUCAUUUAGGACUAUUUUCAAGGCUCGCGGCAGGAGGGGUGGCUUUGAAG